CCCCUACUGAGAGCACUGAAGCACCCGCCACCACCGAGGCAAUGGACACAUCAGCUGAUAACGCCGGUGCCAAGGAGAGCGACGUAGCAGCUGCUGGUCCACAAGCAACCACCGAGGUCAACGCACCGGACGGCGAAGGAAAGACAGAAGCUGCAGUGCUUCCAUCAGAGGCUGCCGAUGUCGCUACACCCUCGACCAGCAAGAACGGAAAGAGAAAGUCAACCUCGGGUGUGCCGGAGCACAAGGCCAAGAAGCUGAACAAGAAGAAGUCACAAGUCCAACUGAACCUUGGUAUCAAGGCCGGUGACUAUUACUGGGCUAGGCUCAAGGGCUAUCCACCAUGGCCCUCGAUUGUCUGCGACGAGGACAUGCUCCCCGAGAUUCUUCUGGGCACCAGACCUGUCAGCGCCCAGCGCGCCGAUGGCUCCUACCGCGAAGACUACGCAGACGACGGCAAGAACGCUCGCGACAGAACCUACCCCGUUAUGUUCUUGGGAACCAACGAGUUCUCAUGGAUGGUCAACACCUCUCUCACCAAGCUUGAGCCUGGUGAGUGCUCCCUCGACAAGCAGACCGGCAAGAUGUCCAAGGCUCUGAAGGAGGCUUAUGAUAUCGCCGAGGAACAGCACGACCUCGACUACUUCAAGAACAUGCUCGAGGAGUUUAUGCAACAACAGAAGCAGGCUCAGGAGGAAGAAGCUGCAAAGCAAGCUGAGAAGGAGGCCAAGGCCGCAAAGAAAGCUGAGAAGGCCGAGAAAGCUGCCACAGACAAGACCACAAAGGAGAAGAAGGACCGUAGAAAGAGCAAGAGCAAGGAGACUGUCUCCGAUGCAGAUGACAUGGAUCUCGAUAUUCCCGACGACGCCGAGGCCAAGCCCAGCAAGAAGAGAAAGAAGGACGCCGAUAGCGAAGGCGAGGGCCCCAAGCCCAAGAAGACACCCAAGGCAACAAAGGUCGCAGCUACCAAGACUAACGGCGAAUCGGCUAAGAAGCCGGCCAAGCCGAGGAAGGUCGUUCAAAAGCCCGCAGAGGAGGAGCCUGUCAACGAGGCUGAAAAGGCCGAGAGACGCGAGAAGGCCGUUCUUUACCUUCGCCACAGACUGCAAAAGGGAUUCUUGAUGCGCGACCAGACACCCAAGGAAGAAGAGAUGUCCACUAUGCACGAUUUCUUCAACCAACUCGAGGGCUAUCAGAACCUCGAGCCUGCCAUCAUUCGCGGCACCAAGAUCUACAAGGUGCUUCGCGGUAUCCUCAAGCUCUCGUCCAUUCCCAAGGAAGAGGAGUAUCAGUUCAAGAAGAGAUCGAAUGACCUUCUUGCUUCGUGGCACGAGGCUCUUGGCUCCAAGGGCGACGAGAAGGACGACGACAAGGCUGAAGACAAGGAGAGCAGCGAAAAGGCAGAGAAGGCCGAGGAAACAGUCGAGAAGGCAGACGUCAAGGAGCCUACUGAGACUGCUUCAAAGGAAGAAGCCACUGAGGACAAGGACGUGGCCAUGACUGACGCAAAGGACGAGAAGGCAGAGGCUGCACCCGCUGCAGACGGCGAGACUGCAACCGCCGCAUAAGCGUCGACCUCUGAUGUCAGCCCAAAACAUUUGCUACACAGAUUCAAAUAGCUGUGACUUAGCAGCCGCGGAAAAUCGGCUCACAUUGCUUGUAUCGUUUUUUGCU